AUGUCGUCUUAUCCAUCUCGUAACAAUCGUUAUAAUGAUUCUGCGCGUCAAUCACAUAGUAGGAAUUCUCGAUUACAAUCAGUUAAUCCUGAAUGUUCACAUCUAUUAAAAAAAGUUCUUCGUGAUGAACAUUCAUUUGAUAUACGUUUUCAACGUAUUGAAGAGUUUAAAAUUUAUCUUGAAAAAUCUGAUAGAUAUUGCGGAUAUUCUGAUUGGUUGCAAUUUGAACAUCAAGAACAAAAUGAUGAAGAGGAUAUUGUUUCAUUUACUGAUAAAAUUGUUGCUUUAUAUAGAACAGCAAUAAUUAAACAAGAUAAAUCCUUUUGUAUUCUAGCUAAACAUGUCAAUAUAGCUGUUUGUAUUCUAUUGGGAACGUUUGCACAAUUUGAUGAACAACUUGAAAAAGAUAUAUUUGAUUUUGUUAUUCAACAAACCAUUCUUCAUACACAAGAUUGGCCAUAUGAAGUCGAUGCUAAUUUAUUUCGUUUAAUUUUAAAUGUUAUUGAUUUAGCUGAUCAUGAUUCAUGUGUAAUAUUAGCAAGUUCAAUAUUUGCAGCCAAUUCUCGAAUAUGGCUUUAG